AUGGAAAAAUUUAGACAGAGCGACAUAAUGAAAAUAUUUAUUCUGCUUUGUGCUUGUCUUGUGGUUGCCGCAGCACAACUUUCGGCUGACGAACAAUGGGCCACGUUCAAGAAAACUUUCCAAAGAAGUUACAAAUUACAAGAAGAAAAACUUCGUUUCCAAGUAUUUCAAAAAAAUCUUCGCAAAAUUGUUGAACAUAAUUUAAAAUAUGAGAAGGGAGAAAAGAGUUACUUUCUUAAAAUAACCAAAUUUGCGGACUGGACCGAUAAAGAGUUGAAUGCUAUAUUAAACCCAAAAAUAGUUGCUAAAGCACAGCAUAAAAACACCAAAACGUUCGUACGUGAUCCAAACUUAACUCGUCCAGCGAGCAUCGACUGGAGAGACAGAGCUGUCUUGGCUGUAAAAGAUCAGGCAAACUGUGGUUCUUGUUGGGCAUUUAGUACUACAGGUGCACUUGAAGGUCAACUUGCUAUUCACAAAAAUCAGACAAUUCCCUUGAGCGAACAAGAAUUAAUGGACUGCGAUACUGGGAAUAGUGCAUGCUUUGGAGGAAAUCCUGACGUCGCAUUUGAAUACAUUGAGUCAAAUGGUAUUAGUUCAGAAAGUCAAUACGAGUAUACACAACAAAAAGGUCAAUGUAAAAAAGUGGAAAAUAAACCAGUGUCAAGCAUUUCAGGAUGGUUGGGAGUACCUUCAGAUGAAGAUGCUCUUAUGGAAGCUGUUGCUAAAUAUGGUCCAGUUUCUGUUUCUGUUUUUGCUAACAAUGAUUGGAGUUUGUAUGGAGGUGGCAUCUUUGAACACGCGAGCUGCAGUGGACAUCCUAAUCAUGCUGUGUUAGCUGUUGGCUAUACAGAAAAUAGUUGGAUAGUUAAAAAUUCCUGGGGAGCCGCUUGGGGAGAAGAUGGCUACAUUCGAUUAUCCCUCGGUAAUAAUCAAUGUAAUAUUACAUACGCUAGUCAAAUUCCUGUAUUAUAA